AUGAAAGGAAGGAAGCACUCUUAAAGCGGAAAAGUGAGCGAAAGAAGCAGUAGAAGAUAAUUGGAAAAUGAAUAAUUGGUCAAUAAACCUGAUUUUUUAAAAGCAGCAACUUUAGGAUAAAUAUUUGUAGUUUGCACUUAAUAAUUGGGAGGAUUAGAGGAUGGAAAAAUAACUAAGUUACAAUUUAGAAAGUUUUUGAUGACAGAAUAGAUUUGUUUUGUUUUCAAUUUAAUGGGUUUGGGUUUGAGUGUUAUGCAAUAUGAUUUAGAAUUUGAGGAAGAGGAUGAGAAUAUAUCCAAUUGGUUAUUGUGGAUCAUAUUUAUCUCUACAUUGGCUUUAUUAGUUUUAACAGUCUUACGUUAUUAAUAACAUAUGAAUUGGUUGAAAUCAAGAAAGUAAAUUAGUUAAAAUGAUAAAAUAUGGUAAACAGAAUAAUGGUACCCAAUGCUUAUAGAAUUGAUAAUUUAUUGUGUGGUUCCUUAUCCUUUCACAAUUGGGAUGAGAGUGUACUUUUACAAUAGUUUUCAAGAUGCAACAGCCUACUAUCAUGUCAAUGAAAUUCUUGCUUUAUUUAUGAUAACCAGAACUGUGUUUAUCUUCAGAACUAUUUUGGCAUAGACAUUUUGGUACAGCAACAGAACUCAAAGAGUUUGCAAUCUUUAUGCCUGUGAAGGCAAUUAUAUGUUUGUGGCAAAAUCUUUAAUGAGAACUUCCCCAUACACUUCAUAAUUCAUAGCUCUUGUGUCUUUGAUAGGCAUCUUUGGAUAUGGAGUAAGAAUAUGUGAGAACCCAUUGGCUAGGAAUGACCCUGCUAAUAAUAAUUUAGGUAGAUAUGCAAAUGCUUUAUGGAAUAUCAUCAUUACAAUUACAACAGUGGGAUAUGGAGAUUUCUAUACAAGAACAGAUUUAGGAAGAUUUGUUAUCUUUGUUGUUUGUAUUUUGGGAAUAUUUGUUAUUUCUGUUAUGGUGGUCACUCUUAUCAACUCUUUGGUGAUUUCAACUUUAGAAUCCCAUGCAAUAACCGUAUUAGAGAGAAUUCAAUUAAGAUCUAAUUUAACUAAAUCAGCCUCAUAGGUAGUGCUCUACUCACUCAAAAUCCAUGUUGCACUCAAAAAGGGAAAUCUAAGUAAAGUCUAACUCAAAAUAUUGCUGAUUAAAUUAAGAAAGAAUUUGAAUGAUUUCAAAAUUGCUAGGAGAAAAUACAGGAAUAAACAAGAUGUAGGCAACAUGAAUGAAGAAAUUACUAAUUAAUUUAGUUUAUUAAAAUCAGAUUUUAGUGAAGUAAUUGAAAAAUAGAAAGGAUUAUUGUUAUAAAAUUAAGAUAUCAUGAAUAAAUUAGGAGUAGAAGCCAAACCCUACAUAUCAAGUCCUUGA